AUGACAUCAAUCUUGACAUGGCAGCAAAGGAUGAAUAUAACUAAAGGCAUCGCUAGGGGCUUGUGGUAUCUCCAUCACAAUCCAUUGAAGAAGAUAUGCCAUGGAGACAUAAAGCUAACAAAAAUAUUACUGAAUGAGAAACUAGAAGCCAAGAUUUCAGACUUCAAUCUGUCACGUUACAAAUCCAAGGAGAAAACGGGACAGGAGAAGAUUGCGAAUGAUGUUUUCAAUUUUGGGAUUGUACUGCUUCAAAUCAUGACAGGAAGAAAGUCCACGUCUAUUGCUGAGGCAAGGGAUGCAGUUUUGAGAAAAGGAAGCUUGAGUGGCUUGGCAGAUCCUCGGCUAAAUGGAGCUUACGAUUCAGCUGCAUUUCAAAAUGCAAUGUCAAUAGCUGUUCAUUGUACAAAUCCAAGUGAACGCGAAAGACCUAACAUGGAAGAAGUGCUGCAGAAGCUUGAGCAGAUUCAAACACAAAUCUUGGUGAGAACCAAUUGUAAAGAUGUGAUUUAUUAG